AACUUUAAUCUAAGCUGUUCUUCCUUGCCUCAGCCCGAGAGUUUCAUUUGAAAAUGUCGCCUUCCUCUCGCAAAAAGGUGACUGCUGUGCCGGAUCCGAAAGCUAAUAGUGCUAGCGCAGCACGAGGUGAUGAGGCCACCAUUCUACAGGCCAUUCGAUCUCUCAGAGAAGACCUGCUGAAAAAAAUUGAUGACAACGCCGAGAUGCAGUCUAAAGAAUUACGACGUGAAAUAAGCCAACUGAGGGACGAGCUGAGAUCCGCCAUUGACCGCGUCAGCAGCCGCACCAAGGCUUUGGAGGACCGGGUUGAGAGCCUGGAUAGUGCCAAUGAUCACUCGGACCUCAUUACCACUCUCGAACGAGACGUGCAGCAGCUAAAAAAGGACAUGAAAAUCUUCUCUGACAGGAGUGAGGACCUGGAGGCGCGGUCUAGGAGGUGCAAUCUCCGCAUCACCGGGAUACAAGAAAAACGGGAGGCAGGGAAGAACCCAACUGACUUUGUAGCUAAACUACUCCAGGAAUCGCUGGGCUUAGAAAAAGAGUCAUUACUAGACAGCUGCCAUCGCACACCUACGGGAUCGGCCUCAGGAGGACCAGCCACCCCGUGCCUUUGUGGUGAGAUGUCACUAUUACCGGGAGAAGGAAGCGACCCUCCGCAAGGCAGCCACGGCCACAGAUCCGACAAUGUCACACGGAGACAGGAUCAGAGUAUUCCCCGACUACACCCAAGCAGUCGCGAAGCAGAGAGCCGCCUAUAGGGACGUGAAAGGCAUGCUAAGAGGCUGUGAUGGUGUCAAGUAC